AUGCCACGUACUAAGAGAAGAACUGUCAAGCGUUCAUCUGCCGACAUGAACAUGACUUCUGUGAAUGCAACAAUGGCCAACCAAUCGAAAAAUAUGAAAGAAAUUUUGAGUGAAUUUGAGUGUGAAAAACAAAAUAUUGAAGAUUAUUUUUCAGAUAUUUUUGAUAAUCAAAGAAAUUUAAUAGAAAAUUCAUUUUUAAUGACAAAAAUGAAUUUGGGUGACUUACUUCAUAGUAAUCUUUAUGACACUAUUUUUAAGCAGUAUCCAACAAAAUCCAACAGUGGAACUAAAAAAACAGCAGAACGUCCUUCAAGGCCAGUUACCAAAGCUACAGUAACUAGAACUACCAGACAAAAAAGUAUGUCUAGUUCAACAUCUAAGACCAAUGGUUCUGCCACAGUAACAAAACACCGCAGUGCAACACGCCAUGCUGAUGAUAAGCCACUAUCAGCAGAUACAUUAGAUUCUAGAUUUAAAACUCCAAUUAAUCGACUACCUGUACCUGCUUCAGCGACAGUCACACCAAAAGUUAAUAUGCAUGAACCAAUAUCAAUGAUGCGGCGUCCAAAUCAAGGAGAAGUCGCACUUUCAAUGACUGGAAGUCCGCUUAUGGUUUCAUCUGUUUCUAGAGAUGACAUGGCUACAGUCAGUGUACCAUUAGCCAAUGGAAAUAUUUUAUCAAUAUUACCUAGAGCUGGUGCUACUAUGGACAUAUCAUUUGAUGAACAAACUAAAAACGAAUUACUUCUUCUCAAGGGAAACAUUGAAGGGCUGUUAAAAAUGAAUAGAAGAGGUUUGUGAGUACUCAGUAAGAUAAUGUAUUCUAAUGGAAAAAUCACAGAAGAUGAAAUAAUACAAUGUAGUCAUAACUACAGUAAUUAACAUUUUUAAUAUUAAUAUUAGUUAAUGUUUUUAAUAUUAA